AUGGCGCACCGUAGCUUUGACCGUCUCACUAAGCUGACGGCCAAGAUAAGGGACUUCUUUUUAAUGGUUUGAUUGAAUUCUGUAAUACAUGCGCCGCUAGAGAGAGUAUAACAAUGCUCUUCGAUAUGCCGAUCUGCAGUCAAAACGCACUCAGCCACCGCCUAACCUUCCGAUGGGUGUAAACCACAAAUUGUCUGAAAAUUAUUACCUCACGCGCGACACUAGACGGGAGGCAAGCCCACCUUCGGAAAUCUUCAACUUCGGACCGAAGCGGCUAGGUGACGGCAGGUCGUGAGUUUCUUGACUGAAUUUAAUUAUAUCUGUUCGCGAGUGUUUACAACGGCGCCUCUUCUCGUGUGUGGCUGCCCAUCUGCAGACUUGUUCCUUGAAGCCGACAUAACAGCAAAUCGCUAGGGCCACCUGGCCUCCUCCAUCCAUUUUCCGUCAAGAUUAGGUAGUUAUCGCCUCAAAGACGCUUUGGCGUUCUAUAGUUGCUUUGCUGUCUUCGCCCUUACGCUUGGUUCACAAGACUCGUUAACAUUGACGUGAAAAGUCGCCAAAUAGCAAGGGUCAGUUAUUGUGGAAUAUAGCCGGUUAAAACAGCAAAUACGAUAAGACUCAGACUUAUAGUCAGUAUAGCGGCAACGUUGCAUCCGAUGAUAGCCGUCUUAUGAUCCACUCGAGGUGCUUCGUAGAUUGCCUAACUAAUUCGUGCGCCUUGCUAUCCUACAGGCGUGGGAUGUCAAAAAUCAGAGAUCCAAGUGAACUUACUACACAGGUUUUUUUUAAAAAUAAUCGCUCAUAAUUGGGGCGAUUAUCGAAGUUGUUACAUUAGAACUCGACAGUUUUGUAGAAAAACUGCUGGCACUUGGGUGCGUGUGCUUGGCUAAACGGAAGAGUUAGCCAGCCCAAUACGAUGAGUAAAAACGAUGAAUACUGACGUCUGUCACUCGUUGCAGAAAGUCGUCUACGUUGUCUCGCGGCAGUAAGACCGUUUUCACCACGCUCGGCCCGGAGGGGGUGCCUAAAAACUUCGGGCUGGCAGACCUUGUUACCGCUGUCCCUUCCCCGCCAUCAGAAUUACCACUCUACAGUAAACUUGCUGGACUUAUUUUGGGAUCGGGUCCUCGCGCCCUAAUUCCAUGACAUUUUCUGAUGCGAUAUUUUACCCACGCGCAGUUACUGUCCAUCGUCUGAUGGCCAAAACUCGGAAAUAUGGGCAGUCACCGUUCCCCACCACAGUCUCCACCCAAGGCUUUUUGCCAGUUUGAUUUUGCAGACUUAUGCAGGCCUAGAAGGCAAACGCAAAAACCGUUUCAUGCACCAAAUGCCAGGCUUAUGUCGGCAAGGGAGCAUGUGAGACAUUUCCUUGGAUCAAAACAUAACUGAAUUAUACCCACUUAUAACUUUGCACUUCUUAGUUAAAAACACCAAAAAUUGAAUGGAGACCACUAACAGUUUGCACGUCCAGCACCUUUUUUCAGGAUGAUAGUUUGGUAUACAACUUCGUCACUUGAUUGUUACCAGCUCAUCGUCAUCAGUUUUCGUUGUUUUUUUUCUUGCUUUGAUUUUCCCUGUAGGUCCUCACAUGUGCCUGCGACAGAUAAUGACUGUACUCCUGGCUUCAAAUACGAAUGGGACAAGAAGAUGAGCGCAUAA